UCCCUUAUAAAAUUUCCAAGUGCUCGCGUAUCAAGCGUCCUAAACUGCCAGUGUAUCAAAUAACUUCCCUUGAAUAGAACCCUCGGAUUCAUUUGGCGGGGAGAAAUGGAGUCGUUGUGGAAGGAGAAUAUGGUGGCGAGCCACGGCAUUGCAGCUGCUGCGUCGGUGACGUUUGGCGCUGCUCUCACCCAUCCUUUGGACAGUCUCAAAACCCUAAUCCAGGUUGGUGCAAGUUCUAAUCAACAAUUGACCACCACUCAAGUUUUGGGUAGAGUUGUAUCAAUAUCAGGGAGCGGAGGUUUUUAUAGUGGGUUUGGAUGGUCAGCAUUGGGUAGGAUUUCCGGGUUGGGAGCACGUUUUGGGAUCUAUGAACUUCUGACUGCAUUCUAUAAAGAUGGGCGAGAAGAGAAUUAUGUGUAUGUCUCCGAGGCUCUUUUGGCAGGAAUUGCAGGUGGUGCUGUGGAAGCUGUUCUAAGCACUCCAUUUGAACUUUUUAAACUUCGCGCCCAGGUGUCCUCUGCUUUUCGGUCCCCAACUUCUAACACUGUUGAGAUGAAGCACUGCAUUGCCCCAACAUUUUCAAAAUUACUACGUGGAUAUACUCCUGAUAAAAAGGCAUGGGACCUAACUGUUGGUCUUUUGGCAGCGCUGCCCACCAAAAAUUCCAACAUGGUCGGUGCUCUUAAAGAGUACCCAUGGAUGAUGACUGGAACUGGAAGACCACCCCUUGCAUAUGAAGUUCAAGGUCCUUUAAAUGUCAUUUCCUUGGAAGGAUGGCGUGCCUUGUGGAUGGGUCUUCGUUCGGGAAUAUUUCGGGAUUCCAUUUUUGGUGGCAUUUUCUUUUCCAGCUGGCAAUUCCUUCACAUAGCAAUGCUUGACUGGAAGGCAGUUGGGAUGGACCCACCACCCAGCUCUAUAGAAGAAAUUGGCCCAGUGUCCCUUUUAGCUGCUAGUCUUGCGGCUGGAUUUUCCAGUUCAGUAGCUGCUGCUGCUUCUCAUUGCUUUGACACUGCAAAAUGCCGAACGCAAUGUAUUGUUACUCCCAAGUAUAUGUCCAUGGAGAAGAAGCUUCUCAGAUGGAAAGUGCCAGGUUAUUGGCUCGAGAGAGUUUCAGGGAUCUCUCCCUUGGAUAGAAGUAUCCUAUUCCGUGGUAUUUGGCUGCGGAUGGCCCGCAGUGGGCUUGCAUCCUUUGCCAUCGUAGGGAGUUACUUCUUGGCAGUCGAUCAUCUCACCUGAAAUCUGAAGACAUAGUUCCCAUACGGAAGUGGUCUGCUAUUAGCAAUGGACCAAGGCAUUUUUUUGCAUGCGACAUCUUUUCAAUUUUGGUUGGACUGAAUGCAUAACAGCAUGAGGUCAAAGCUUUUAAAGCCUGGUAGUCAAACAUAAGAGCAUAACUCAUGGGUAGGGUUGUGUCUUUCCCCUAUCACUGUUCUUUGAUGAGAAUGCUAAGAUGAUUUAUACAAAUCAAGGAGAUGAUCUGCAUGCCAGUGGAGCACACGUGGGAAGAGAUCCAGACCGUUUGUCAGGCAAGAGCACUAACAUGCCUCUGCAAAAGAGAAAAAAAAAAGUUCAGGUAUUUACCCCCAUCAGGUGGGCCACACUUGUAUUUUGAGUGCAGGUUGUCUGUCACUAUUUUUCUAGCUGUCCUGAUUUUUGGGCCAGGACAGG